GAAAUCAAAAUGGGAAGGAACGCUUUGUGGUUUCUGUCGGUUUUGAUCCCAGUUGCUGUCCACGGAAGCUUUGACACUAGUGGUGUCUACUUCAAUGGUGAUUUUAAUCGUUUCCUUGACGAUCCGUUGACGGUUCUUACCACCAAGGCCAAUGUAAGCGCUGGGCAGUGCGCCUCGUCAUGCCUCAGUAAUUCUGAGUGUUACAGCGUGAACUAUCGCCAGGAAAACGGCACGUGUGAACUUCACGCGCCUUCAAGCCCGGGCGGUACAUCUCCGAGCUGUUUGAUGGGUUGGCACCAUUACUCCAGGGAGAAUUUCACUCGUUUAGAGAAUCCGUGUGCAAGAGGCGUGUGCGGGCGCAGUGGCUCGUGCUCGUACGCGUGCCAGGGUGACGUCCUAGUCCCCAGCUGUGCAUGUGGAGCGAACGCAGACCCCACGCACUGCGACUCGUAUGCCGUUGCCACUGAGAACAACAAGCGGUUCCGUUUGUUUUGGUGGUGGGAAGCUGGAGCCUCCUGGCCUUCUGGAUACACUGAUGUCUUACAGGAUGACUACGGGACUUGCACCCCCGACCAAGCUGUCUGCUUGUCGCGAUUGCCCUCUGGACUAACCGAGUCCGAACAGGAGUUGUUGGCCAUCGAUGGUCAGGGGACCAAGUACAUUUGGGCUUUCGAUCCCAAUAACAACAUUGCCCACGCCGUCUGGACGACGCUGACUGAGCGUACUGAGUACGCGUAUAAUGUGCUGAGAGAUCAGAACAACUGGGUACCGUAUUGGAAUUCUGGCAGUACAAACUACGGAACGUACGCCCAAGACAGCUUCAUGUACCGCGACCAGAAUGGUAUCAAGUCGCUGAUGCUGGACGACGACCAGUGUGACUGUUAUACCACUCUACAGAUGGGGCAUAGUUUGUGUAGUGGCGGCACCUCCAGUGGUAGGGAUAACAUUCUGGGGCCGGAUAACAUCUACGACCCUGGCUGCAACUACCCCGAACCAGGCAAGAGCCUGUAUCUGUAUUUCCGAGAUGAUGAUGACUGUCUCGUCAACGACUGUGCCCCGGGAACUCUUUGUGUAGAUGGCAUAAAUACGUACACGUGUGUGUAGAAACAUUAUAUCGAACCAGGCGCGGACUGCAGGCGGAGCCGGGAAAUACCAGUAGAUCUAGACUUCAUAUUGAAACUUCUUCGGCCUACGUAGCUCUUAAAGAAAAACGUAUACUUGAAAAGAAAUGAUGUUUACAAAUUACGAUAUACUUCUGAUGAAAAUAAUCUUUAGUCAAUAAA